CUGAAGAUGCGGCACUGGCAUCAUUGGACGCUCAAUAGUUCAGACAAACACACAAAACGCUCGACAAGAUGGUGAAAAUGAUGCUAGUCGCUGCUCUGCUGCUCUUGGCUGCCGCCUGCUGCACCGCUCGUCCGCAGAACGACGUCGAGGUUGUGGAAUACGAAUCGGAUAACAUUGGCAUUGGCGGCUACAAGUUCAGCUACAAGCUGAGCGAUGGCACCACCCGCACCGAGGAGGCAGUUGUGAACAAUGCGGGCACCGAAAACGAAUCCCUAUCGGUGCGUGGCUCCGUCAGCUGGGUGGCGCCCGACGGUCAGACCUAUACAAUCAAUUUUGUGGCCGAUGAGAAUGGUUUCCAGCCGGAGGGCGCGCACCUGCCCAAGUAAGCCACAUGGAUAAUGGGAGAAACUAAGAGAGAGAGAGGGAGCGAGCGGGAGAGAGGAAUAUAGAGUCCAUGUUGUUUGUGCUGUGCAACAGUCAAUCAUUCAUUCAAUCAAUCAUUCAAUCAGCCAGCCAGUCAGUCAGUCAGUCAGUGAAG